AUGUCUUACAGAGCCCCAUUGCCUGUGAGUCUUGUCGACAGAGGAAACGACGGGAAGUUGGGAAUUCCUAAUGGGUACCUCAAUAAGCUAGAAACCCGACUCGCCGAGACUGAAGCUGCUCUUUUCCGCGUGCUCUCAGGGGCACUUGAUGCCCAUGGCUUCGAAUCGGCUUCUUCGCCUGCACUACUGCCACAGGCUGCUUGGACACCAAGACAGAAUAAGGUCGACCGUGUCAAGGAAUGGGAUAGCCUCCCAUUGCAGACAACUGAUGAUAUACAAGCCUGGUACCGAUCAAAAGCUACAGAGCACAAUGACCCUGCCAUCGACAUCCCUGCCGCAAGCCCUCAAUCGCUUAUUUCAACAGUCUCUGAUCCUAUGUUUGCGCCUCCUCCUCCGCUAAGAGACCCGGGCUCGGUACCUGGUUCAGUGUUGUCGGACCACCAAGCAAUUUCAGACUCGGUCAUUGAACCUCAGCUUCGAGCCAUGACGCCAAUGGUCUCUACUCCCGUCAAUAGACCAUCGUCCGAUAACCUCAGCAAGGCCAAGGAAUUGUCCAAGUCGCAGCAGAAUCUCUAUUUCUAG